GCCCACCUGAUGACCCCAGUGAAGCGUUUACCCCUUACCCCUGCUCAAGGAAUGAUUGCCGAUUAUAACACAGGAUUGUAAAACCAAGUCCUCUGAGCUUGACUGUAGCUGUUGCCUACCUUGCCUAUAACCAGAACAUGUGAAGACUAAAUAAAGCCAGACAGGGUGUUGGUUCGAUCGAUAUCUCAGCUAGCAACUAUUCAGGUCUGGUGUUUGUCAUUGAAACAUCGUGGUGAGCACAACAUGCUGGAAGCUACGUAGUGACCGUCUACAGAGAACUGUAAGUUUUAAAAACCUUUGUGUUUGCUGUCAAGAAAGGAAGGAGAAAGCUGACAUGUUAAUUAGCUUGUCGUUAGCUCAGCAAAUAUGUUAACGUCCGUUGCCUGUUCGUGCGUGCGAAACGGGAGGAAAAUAACGGCCCCCGUUGCUAAGUUGUCCCUGUUUCCAACGGUUAAAACGUCACCCAGCGGACUGAAGUUGACAGGGGUACAACAUUUGUCACAACACCGCCCCGCCAGACUCCUCACGGCGCCUCCCUGGCAGCUUCCAACGGGGCUAACUGUCAGAUCCGUGUCCCUGUCAGCCUCCUCCCGAGGGGAUGCGGACCCUCGGGGCUCCCCCUCAGUCCCUGCAGACGGAGAGGACUUCGGCUCUCUGUCCGCCGACAUGUCCUCCAGGAGGUCGUUCAGGAAAAGCAGCCCGUACACCCAGGAUUUGCGAUACCGAGAGGACGAGGCAGCCGCCGCCGGGGAAGAGGAAGAGGAGGAGAGCCCGGUGAAGCCUCGCAGGUGGACCGGGAGGAGAAACACACCUUACUGGUACUUCUUACAGUGCAAGAAGCUGAUUAAAGACAACAAGCUGCAGGAGGCUUUGGAUUUGUUCAGCAGAGACAUGCUGCAGGGAGAGAGGCUGCAGCCGGAGGAGUGCAACUACAGUGUCCUGAUAGGAGGCUGUGCUCGAGCUGGACAACUCAAAAAGGCCUUUAAACUCUACAAUGAUAUGAAGAAACGAGGUCUAGAUGCUACGGAUGCUACGUACACCGCGCUGUUUAACGCCUGCGCUGAGUCGCCAUCAAAACAAGUCGGUCUUCAGCAGGCUCUGAAGUUGGAACAAGAACUCCGUCGUAAAAACUACCCCCUCAGCACCAUCACGUACCACGCCCUUCUGAAGACGCACGCCAUCACCAACCACCUUCAAGCCUGUCUGCACACGUUCAGGGAGAUGCUGCAGAACGGCCACGCUGUAACUCAGGAGACGUUUCACUACCUGCUGAUGGGCUGUCUGAAGGACAAAGAAGUAGGAUUCAGACUGGCUUUACAGGUUUGGCGCCAGAUGUUGAAGUCAGGGAUUCUUCCAGACUCUAAGAACUACAACCUACUCUUGCGAACCGCGAGGGAUUGUGGGAUUGGAGAUCCUGCCCUGGCCACUGGUGUUCUGCUGAGGACUGACUGGGAGUGUCGGAAAGAGAGGGAACACGUGUCACGUGUCAAGUCAGACUCCAGACACAAAGAUCUAAUAGAUAUUGACUUUUUGGAGAGGCAGUUGUUUAUCCAACCGGAUUCACAUGGUGACAGUCAGAAGGGCAGCAGAGACAGUGAGGAGGAGUCCCAUAGCAGACAAGACUCAACCCACUUGAUACCAGUCAGACAAAGAGAAAACGUCUCGCUACCUGUUAACUUAGCAGAUGCUUCUACAGCCCCGAACCUACUGGACCUUUUUGAGGGAAAAAGCGUUGGUGUGAUCUCCUUAGGCGCAGUUGAUCGAGCAUCCGAUAGACUCGCUCUGAUCGGAGGAGGUCAAGGUUUCCUGGAGAAGAUGGCAGCCAAAGGACUCAAUCCAGACCUCAGAACUCUCACCCUGUUGGCCGAUACGAUGGAGCCAAGCUAUCAGUCUUUACAGAUGCUGUUGAAGGUCGCCAAGCAGCAUCAGGUGAAGCUUGACAUCGCGUUCUUUAACUCUGUGAUUCGCCGAGCAGCCAGAGCCGGUGACCUGGAUGGAGCAAAGUCCGUGUUGAGCGUGAUGCGACAACGCAACGUCAGUGUGGAUGUACAGACGUUUGGGAGCCUCGCACUGGGCUGCGAGCGACAGAAAGAUGGUCUGCAGCUGCUGAAAGACAUGGAGGAGGCGGGAUUAAGGCCUAACGUCCAGGUGUUUUCUGCCCUCAUUGGCCGAGCAAUUCGUCGACUGGAUUACGUCUACCUUAAAACAAUCCUCAAAAGCAUGAGCGACAUGAAGGUGUGGCCCAAUGAGGUCAUCAUCAGACAGCUGGAGUUUGCUACUCAAUAUCCUCCCAACUAUAACCAGUACAAGUCCAGAAACAACUAUCUCGUUCACAUUAAUGGUUUUCGAGGUUACUACCAGCAGUGGCUGAGAGCCAUGCCUGCCCAGAGCGCUGAAGACGAGCAGGAAGCAGAGCUGCAGGCUGAGAUGGAUCCUGCUGUGUUGAAAACAGAAGCUGCAGAUGGAUUGACAGAAGCCCAGAGGAACCAGAGAGCAGCAGCGAGGAGAUAUCGUUCUCGUAACAAGGACAAGACGAGCAGCUCUGUAUCAGCUCUCUAACUGAACUGACAAUAGUUUUUCUGAUACUCUGUUUGUCUGCGUUCGGCUGUGUAACCCCGGAUGAACUUUGGGUCAAAGUCAUGGACCUUCUGACAGUUAAUUUAUUGCAGUCCCAUUGUUAUUGUAACUAAUAUCAAAGUCAAUUCUAAGUUUAAGUACACGAGUCUUGAGACAUUAAACUUCAUCUUGGCAUUGUA